UUCCUCGUCCCGCUUCCUCUCUUUCUAUCCGCAUCCGAAUUGGACGUCACACGGCGCAAUACAUCAUCAUCAUAACGACUCUCCGUCUUCUCCGGAUGAAAAGGUCGUCUAGGUCGAUGAACGAAGAUGAAGCCGAACCACCGGUGCGGGCACGCGUUUCCAACGCCUGCGACACCUGCAAGGCGAGGAAAGUGAAAUGCGACGGCAACGUCCCCUGCGCUUACUGUGCCCGUCGCCAACGGGGCUCUUCUUGUCACUAUUCCCCCCAGACCCGACGACGGACUACCGUCCCCCGAGCUACCGCCACGCCUGAAUCUUCCGUGAGGACCAGGACACCUGAUCGCCUCAGCCGUCGGGACCUUGAUCUCUCCCCGGCGACGACGACUUUUCAUCCCGGCCCAAGUGAACGUGAACCUCACCAUCGUGUAGCUACGCCAGCGUCUUCUCAAGCUACUACCCACGUUCAUACUCAUGCGCGGGAGUCGCUGGGCGACGAGGAGACGGAUGUGCCCCGGGAAGCCCGUCUGCUUCGGGACGGUCAGGGGAAGUUGAUUUUCAUCGGCGACUGUGCCCCGUUGUCGUUCUUCCAAAGUGUACGGCAGCUUAUUACCAGCAGGGUCGAUCCCAACGCCUUUGCUCACCAGACCGGCCGCUUCUCCGGUCCAGACACCUCGUUGUCGAGACCACCCGCUGAGCCCUACACUUCUCCGCCUGCUCUCCACCAUAACACCAUCGCCUCUGCUGUGGCAAGCUAUUCUGCUGUGACAAGCGGCAUCGUCGACCUCUUCCCCCACCCUCGUCUCGUGGACGACAUCUCCAUCUGGUCCAGUCAGGCGCAGGCAGCCCGUCUCAGCGACAUCUCAUCGGCCGUCAAUUACCUGGUCCUCUCCAUUGGCUAUCAGCCCACUCAAGAAUCGCUUGCCUUUGCCUACUUCGACUACGCCAGGGGGAAUGCCCUCGCCAACCUCAGCGGCAACCUCACCAUUCCGACUAUUCAGGCUUUUAUUCUCAUCACGCUCUACAUGCUGGGGUCAUGUCAGACCAACGGCGCCUUUGUCUUUUUCGGCAUCGCUGUCAGAGCGGCUUACUCCAUAGGCAUACAUCGGACAGAGAUCAAUGCCCGGUUCGGCUCGGAAACGCAACACCAACGUGAUCGUCUGUGGAAGAGCCUCCGAGUCUUGGACCUUUUCCUGAGCACCUCCAUGGGCCGCCCCCCCGCCACCUCAGACGUCGACUGCACCGUUCCCUACGGAGCAGCCGACGAGAACGGGGUCGAGCAUUUCGACACCCUCAACGCCUCGGUCCAGAUCUUCCUCAUCACCGAGGAGAUCGUCGUCGAGGUAUAUUCGCGGAAGAAGAUCUCGUACCAGCUCACCGAGGGCAUCUCUCGUCGCCUACGUGAAUGGGCCGUUCAGUGGCUGCCAAGACUGCGGAACGUCGUCGCCGUUGCACCCGCCGAUGAUAACCCUGGGAGCACGACGGGGGCUUGCCAGGUUAUGUGCUCUUACUUUUAUGCCGUCAUUCUGGUGUCGAGGCCCUUUCUGAUGUUUGAGAUGCACAAACGCCUGUCUGGGGACCUACCUCGACAUGGACAUCCCGCCAGCCAUAAUGACGGUGCACACUCCAGCGUCCGGUCGAAACUGGCCGAUGCCUGCAUUGAUUCUGCGAGCUUCAUGGUUGAGCAUGUGGCCGAUUUGAUCGACAGAGGACAUCUCCAGGGCCAUAUGCCUUUGAUAGUAUCUUGGCUCUUUGCCGCUUCCCUAGUCCUAGGCAUCGGCCUCCUCGGAUCCUUCGGCCGAAUAUUAGAAAAAUACACGCGCAAGUGCAUCCAAUCUCUCGAACACUUUUCCAAAAACGACACCAACGCCGCGCAGUACGCCCUCAUCGCCAAGUCCCUCCUCGCCUCGGCCCUCGGCUUCCUGGAGAAGAGGGAACUCGACGAGAGGCAGCGGAGAACCGAGAGCUCCUCCCAGCUCUUCGGCCUCGUUCCCCGUGAUGGCCAGGAAUGCGGGCCCAGGCCCGUGUCGCAGUCCCCGUCGCAGUCCCAGUCACAAUCGCAGCAGCAGGCCGCUGCCGCCUCCUCUGGGACGGGGUACCUGGGCUUGGAUACGCCUCCGUUUGGGGACAUGAUUACGGGGUUUCUGGGGCUGCCGAAUUCGCUACCCCGAACCCCCAGUCUGUCUUCGUUUUCGAUGGAGGGGAGGAUGGAUGGCGGAGGUGAUGCUUCGUUUAAUGACUUUAAUCUGUUCCAAUUGUUGGACGGGGGAGGUCACAUUGAUCUGGGUCCUUACAUGUGA